AUGGGCGAAUUUGUCAACGGCGAGCCUGACUUGGGCACCAUCAAACCUUCAUUCACCUCUUCAUCCGAACCUGAGAAUCCUCGAUCAAAGUCCCUCAUCCAGGCUCUCUCCUUAGAGCCCCAUAUCGAAGGGGGUUACUUCCGCCAAACCGAUACGAACCCUACUACCAUUCCUUCGCCAUAUUCAUCCGAGGCUCUCUCCCAUGAUACGCUAGCUCUCUCGGGCCCUGCUCGCGAGGGUUAUAGGGCGGAUACACGACGCCUCUCUACCACCAUUUACUACCUACUAACCCCACGCCACUCUCAGGGGAACUUCCACCGCAACCGCAGCCGUGUAAUUCAUACCCUGCAUCGUGGACGGGGACGCUAUGUGAUCAUCCACCCUGACGGGCGUAUCGAGUCCUUUAUUGUUGGGAAUGCGGUUGAACGAGGCGAGCGUAUGCAAUGGAUCGUCGAAGGUGAUGUCUGGAAGGCAAGUUACUUGCUUCCCAACGAGCCAGAUAGCGGCCAUGGGUCAAACGGGGAGGAAACUGAGGGCCUGCUGAUUUCGGAGACGGUUGUCCCUGGCUUUGAAUACCACGAUCAUGCAUUCCUCACUCAACAAGGAAUCCGAGAUCUACUCAACGAAGAACAAGCCCGCGAACUGGACUGGCUCGUGAGAAGAUCAAAUUAA